CGGCUGCUGUUUGUGUGCUCCGCUUGUGUAACGUAGCAGCGGCCCCGGAGCUGGAGGCGUCUCGUUCACACUCGUCCCGGGUGUUCAAAUAUUAAGAAUGGACGUUUUCACGCAGCGCUUACAGACAUCAGAGACACGCGUUCAAACCUGUCACAGCAACGUUUAAACACGUCUGUGUCACUGAGCACACAGCGCUGUGAUACUUGAUUCACUGAGCUUUGAGCGAAAAACUACUACUGACGGGCGCAGUCACACAUCCACGUGACCCACUCCGUUUCACGUGACCCACUCUGAUUCACGUGAUCCACUCUCACAUCUUUUUCCAGGCCUCGAGCCUCCGGGCCUGGCACAUCCAGAUCACUGGUCCCAUCUUCCACAGCAUGAGUAGUUUUUCCUUAUGAUUCAGAAAAUGAUUUGAAACUGUGGAAUUUCACAUGCACAGUCCAGCUACUACAGGACUGUCACAGAUGACGGCUGUUUUUCCCAUCGCUCCUGGUAUGGGAGCUGCUCCAAGCCAGUGUGAGGGUGUCACCGAGGACUGUGUCCAGCCCAGCGGGGCGGGACAGGAAGAUUCCAACCAGCCUAUCAGUGAGAAGGACAGCACUAAGAGGACCAGCUGGAGCAGGAGAUGCAGCUCAGCAGACACUGUUCACUGUCCCACCUGUCAGGGCACCGGGCGUAUACCCAGAGGUCAGGAAAGCAAGCUGGUUGCUGUCAUUGCCUGUACUGACCAGAGGCUGAGGCCCAGACACACGAAGCUGUAUGUGGCCUCGUCUGUCGGGCUGUGCCUCCUGGUCAGCGUCCUGGUGUUGUUCUUCCUGUUUCCGCGCUCCGUGAUUCUGUCUCCAGUAGCUGUCAGUUCAUCCUCUGUUUACUUCACUCACGACGGCGUGCAGAUUAACAUCACGAACGUGUUGAACAUCACUAAUAACAACUUUGCAGCGGUGCAGGCCUACAACCUGACAGUACAGGCACUCAACUUUGGCACGGUGCUGGGAACGGUGUCCAUCAAGAACGUCGUGUCUGUCAGACCUCUGUCCAUGAAAACGUACUCCUUCAUGAUACCCAUCCAGCUGACAGACCCUGGUUUGAGUAACUACUGUAAGAAAGAGUCGCUGCCUGUCCAUAUUCUGUAUGUGAACCUACAGAUAUCUCUGACAGUCUUCUGCCUGGCCCGCUAUGAGCAGCUGUCCCUGGAGACGUACGAGUACAUCGACUGUGGAGCAAACAACACCGUACCACACAGCGUACAAGCCGCGUCGACCUGAUGGAGGCACAGAUAACAAAUGCUGUGCGCGUGUCUGUGAACUGGAGUAAUGUGCUUUGUAAUAUUUAGAGCAGGAUGUUGAAUGACUGUAAAAUCAGUGUGAAGGUUAACAGCUGCUUUGGUUUUGAAUUAAACUGACUGUGCCUGGAGAGGAAGGUGAAACGGUGUGAUGUGCUGCAAGUCACGUGGUAACCAUGUGACCCUGAUCACUGUAGUCAGUCCAUUAAAAGGACCCAGCACCUACAGGGUGGUCCAGCAUGUGCUGCCCCCUCUGUAAGCUGCAAUCCUAUAAAUCCUUAGAUGGCCUGAUGAUCUUCAAAUGAAGCUCAGUAUUUGUCUUUUUGAGAGCGUAUUCACCAAACUUACUGCCAAAGACAUGAGCAAGUAUUCUCCACUUGAUCGUCUCUGUUUGAAAGUUUGUUCAGUAAUUGUACCUUCAUCAUUUUGGUCUUCCUCUCCUUAGCCAAGUUCUUUUUACACACCAACACAUCUGCUCUUCAGGGUUUUUGGGUUUUUCUGUAUAUUUUCUGCCUUCUCUUUAUUUCUUGUGUUUGUUAUACUGAAGUGGAAGUGUGAGGCUUUGGAGCUAUUUCUAAAGAGAUCUUUAAGAAACUUUAUGCAGCAAAAUACCUUUGCAGGUCACAGCCUGUUAAAAUGAACUGGCUUAACAUUUAACACAUGUAAGUGCAGUUCUCCAGUGAGGCCAUGUUCUGGUUUUUGGUGCAUUGAUGAAAUGACGCAGUUUCCUGUAAAGCUUCCUGACAGACGCUUCCUCUCCACAAGUCCAAUAAAGCUAUGUGAGCCUGUUUGAGUCCUGUGUUUGGUGAAUGAAUGCAGGGGGGAAACAAAGCCAACUGCAACAAUGCAUGAAACACAGCAUCGUGGCUUUAAAACCGUCAAAUCAGCUCCU